AUGUCGUCGGAUUCCAUGAAAGUGUCCGAUUUACGUAUCACUUUGUGCACUGAGGACGAUGAUGACAUCAUUUGCAUUGAUCAGAAGCAAUCGUUAUUCUUCCAGGCUUUUGCUUCUCUGAAUGAUCUUCGUUGCAAUGGUCAGUUAUGUGAUAUUGUACUUGUUGUGGAAGGAAAAAGAAUCAGUGCUCAUAAGGUUGUGUUGGCGGCUUCCAUUCCUUAUUUUCGAGUCAUGUUUACGACGGAGAUGUUGGAGGCCAACCAAACCGAGGUUGUCUUGCAAGAUCUUAAUUAUGACACCCUUGAACAACUCGUUUCAUUCGCUUAUUGUGGUGAGCUACGAAUAUCAGCAGGAAAUGUGCAGUCGAUAAUGAUUGGAGCGAAUUUCCUUCAACUCGAUGGUGUUGCUGAAAAAUGCGCGGAGUACCUGCAAACUCGGCUGCAUCCCUCAAACGCACUAGCUAUUCGUGCAUUCUGUUCGGCUCUUGGAUGCAGAUCGGUAGUCGCAGCAGCAGAUCGGUUUGUGCAGAAACACUUCGUAUCGGUGUGUCGCAGCGAAGAAUUCUAUCAGUUAUCUGUCGAUGAUGUGGUCGAACUGCUUUGUAUGGACGGCCUCUAUGUAGAGUCUGAAGAAGCUGUGUUUGAAGCCGCAUUUCGUUGGAUACAGCAUGAUUUAGAGCGACGAAAGAAGUUCGCUUCGAGGCUUCUUGCUUGUGUUCGUCUUCCUUUAUUGAAGCCGUCGUUCUUGGCCGAUCAAGUAGCAGGUCAUCAACUGGUCCGAGGAGAUUUGGCCUGCAGAGACCUUGUGGACGAGGCGAAAGAUUAUCACCUUAUUCCGGAACGACGACCGUAUCUGCGUUCAUUCCGAACGAAGGCUCGUUGUUGCAAUGACGUACCCGGUUUGAUGUUUGCAAUUGGUGGCCUGUCUACCGGGGGAGACUCCUUAUCUACUGUCGAGAUGUACGAUCCAUUAACAAAACGGUGGUCACCAGUUCGUUCUAUGACUAGUUUCCGAUCCAGAGUGGGCAUAGCUGUUCACGAUCGUAAGAUAUACGCUAUAGGAGGAUUUAAUGGUCAUGAUCGUCUCAAGAUAGUUGAGUCUUAUGAUUACAAUAAGAAUGAAUGGACACCGGUGGCACCAUUGACAAAGAAGCGCUCAGCACUUGCAGCUGCGUUCUUCAAUAACAAGCUAUACGUAUGCGGUGGUUAUGAUGGCAUAACGAGUCUCGCAACUGUGGAGGUUUAUUGCCCAGAAAAAAAUACGUGGGAGCUUGGUGAAGCAAUGACAAAGCAGCGAAGUGCAGCUGGUGUAGCAGUUCUUGAUGGAUAUCUGUACGUGAUGGGCGGUCACGACGGCAUGUCAAUAUUUUCUUCGGUAGAACGCUUUUCGCCUGAGAAAGGGCAGUGGGAGGCUGUGCCAUCGAUGUUGUCAAAAAGAUGUCGGUUGGGCGCUACAACUUUGAACGGGAAAAUCUACGUGUGUGGAGGGUACGAUGGUGCCCAAUUUCUGAAUAGCGUUGAAUGUUUUGAUCCGGCAACAAUGCGAUGGUCACCGGUAACACCUAUGAAUAUCAAACGUAGCCGUGUGUCGUUGGUUUCGAAUGCGAACUCACUAUAUGCUAUUGCGGGUUACGAUGGCAUGUCAAAUCUUUCUUCAAUGGAAGUUUAUCGUGAAGAGACGGAUCAAUGGGAGUUAUCGACGCCACUCGGAUCCCAUGAAGGAGGUGUGGGUGUGGGUGUUAUUCCAAUUCCCCCCAAUAUGUUAGCUGGAUAA